GCAAAUAGGCUUUUUCAUUGUUCUGUAGGGGUUCUGGGAUAUUACUACAGACACUGCGCAAGGCGGGAAGAAGAAAUAUUAGAGAUUAGUUUUCGGGAGCUUCAGCAUAUUUAUUUUAUAAAAGUUGCAGACACUGUCCCAAAUAAAUCUGUAUUACAAAGGAUGUAAUAUUUAUUGAAAAUGAAACCUGGUUUUGUCUCUCAUGAUGCAAAAGUUAAGUCAAAAGCUGCAGGUAUCCAUGAAAAAACAGAAAAAAACAAAGGGACAGUAAAAAAUACUGGAAGAGUUGCUGAGUAUUCAGAAGCAAAAUCCAAACCUUUUGCUGGAAAAGUGUUUUAUUUAGAUCUUCCAUAUAAAAAGGCAGCAGAAGCCUUGGAGAAAGAUAUUCAGGAGUUUGGUGGGACAAUAGAACGGUUCUUCAGCAAGGACAUCCGCUACCUCAUUUCUAACAAAAAGGAGGCAAAGUUUGCACAGUCCCUCGGACGAAACUCCCCUGUACCAAGCCCAGAUUCUGCCAACAAUGCAGGUAACAGUUCUCCUCAUCCCAGCAGUCGAAGAGGCAGCCAUAAAGGGAGUUCCCAUAGUGCUGUGGACACGGCACUAACUAGUAGAGGAAAAUCGUUGGUGAAAAAAGUAAUUAAGGAACAGGAACUGAUUCCAGCCAAUAGAAUUUUGUCAAAUGCCCUGGCCUGGGGAGUCAAAAUACUGUAUAUCGAUGAUAUAAAAUUGUAUAUUGAAAAAAAGAAAAAAGAGCUCCCUACACUCUACAAGGAUCCUGUUCUCACAGAGACGGCCAAGAAAACCCCUGUUGAAAAACCUGCUGCUAGCAAAGUAAAAGCUGAAAGACUAACAAAGCCGUUUUUAAAGGUUGAAGAUAGAAGCAGGCACUACAGGCCAGUAUACCAGGUGCUGCCUAAUUUACCAGAGAUCAACUUCAACAAUCCGGUUCCUUCUUGUCCUUUUGAUUUGGAGAAAAAAAGCAAGGAAGGUGACAGAAAAGAUCAACAUGACAACAAAAUGGCAAGGGAUCAAGACUGCGGUAUGAAGUUAAAGGCCAAGGUCAAAGUCAAAACUCAGGACCUUAAAGUAAAAAAGAAGAAAGGCUUCUGUGAAUGUUGUGUGAUGAAGUAUGAAGAUAUGAAUGCUCAUAUUAAAAGUGAGCGUCACAAGGUAUUUUCAACAAGCAAAGAGUAUGAAGUUGUGGAUAAAGUGAUCUCCCAGUUUGUCUGUGAUUUUGUUGAAUUCAAAAAGCCAAAGAAAAGGGUGAAGUGCAGUUUGGGUGCUUCCUUUCAGACUUCAACAGCUGGGAUAAAUAUUGAUGGAAGGCAAGAAAUCAUCACUGGAAUUGCAGAAAGUAAAGGGAGGCAUAAUUCAUUAACUCAUGAAGAUUUUUGCUGUGAAGACACAGCAGGUGCAUCAACUUUGUGGAAUCAUACUGCUGAAUCUAUUGUUACUUGCACUGCAGACAGCACUGUACAUGCAACAAGUAACGGUCAGUCAUUGGAUUCAAGCAUUCUUAUAAGGAUGUUUCCUGAAAAAAACAUUCCUGACACGCAAAGAUCUGCACAGUUUCACAAUACUAAGAGGAGCAAUCUGUUGACUAAAAAGCAGUUUAACACCCAAAAACGAGAAACAAAUAAUUUGAUUUCAAAACGUCAGGAUACUGUGAAUUUUCAAACUGAAAAAGAAACAGUAUUGAAUUGUGGAUCAGCUUAUGUUGGAAAACUCUCAGAAGCCCAUGUACGCCUUUGUAGGACAGAUGUUGCUUUUAAAUUAAAUAAACAAGCUAUGAAAAGAAAUGUUUGUGAAAGCAGUCCAAAACAAAAACAUAAACAGGAUAUCUGUCGAAAUCAAGCUAAAUACUUCAAAAUGUCUACACCUGGUCUUCAUGAUACAGAGUCUGUGGAAAGCAAAAUGCAAAAUGAGCUGUUCAUUCAGUGUGCCGGAGAUCCAGUUCAAGAAGCUGUUGUGGAAGGACAGUCAACAAAUAUUGGUUACAGCCCUAGUAGAACACUUUCUUCACCUUCUGUAAAAUUACAAAGGAAAGUGAAAGGACUCAAAAGAACUAAAAAGAGAAAUGAGAAACAAACCCAACACAUGUUCAGUGAACAGAAAAAGGAGCAUCUGCUGAGGCAGAACGGGUGUAUGUUGAGUCCUGCCACUGAAGAUUUGUGGCAGCUAUUCCAAACCAGUGAAGAUAUGGACUGUGAGUUUGCUGGUUUUUCGUGCUCUACGAAAUGUGAAGAAUCUUCUUCUGAAUCUGGCCCUGAUGAAAGGCAACCUAUGCAUGCACUCUUUUCACUAUUCACAGAUACUGCUUCAUCGGCAUCAACAUUUCCAGGAUUCUAGAUUGUAACUAGAAAUACAGUAUUACAUUAACAAGUAUACUUUGCACAGUGUUAACCUUACCCUGUGUGGAAUAUGUUGGGCUGGAGUAGCCAUGGAUGUUAAAACUGCCAGUUUAUGCCCAUCCCUGUUUAUUUGUGAUAAAAGUGCCUUUUAAUGCAAAACAAGAAAAGGCCAUUGGCUUUGUAUGUUUAGCAAUUUUUGUGCUGGAUUGAAAGGUAUAAUUUAAAAUAUCCAAGCAUAUUUUAAUUUGACAGUAUGAAAUUCAUAAGUUAUCCUUAUACUGUUUACAUCUUUUUAGCAUUUAUAUUGUAUCCUUUGUAAUUAAAUGUACACAUGCUCUUUUUUUUAAACAAAAUACAUUUGCAUCUGAAUAAUUUGAUUUUCAUUAAUGGUUUCAGUAAAUAUCACACUCUUUCCCCAUCUGUGACAUUAAUCUAUAAAACAUUAAAACUGGAAUUUUCUGACUAAUUGUUCUGAUGUGGUAUAGGGCUGUUUUCUAAGUGUAUUUAAAGAAAUAAGGUGGAUUUGUUUUUUUCUUUUUUAUUGUUUUGUUUAUGCACAUAAGCAUGUAUUACUAUGUGGUAAUUACAACAGGUUGAUAGGAAUGGGAUUCUGAAAGUAAAGUAUACUUUUUUUUUGUAAAUCUGUGUAAUUUACUGCAGACAUCAUACAAAUUAACCAUAUGAAACACUGUCCCCUAAAAUAACUAAUAUAUUAAUGCCAAUUAAUAAUUUGACUAAAAACAAGUUUACCUAUUUGAUUGGUAUAAGCAGCUGUACGGAUUAGCACCCUACGAUCAUAAGAGCAAUUAUCUUCGCAAACCAGAGUUUAUGCCUAUGGUUACCCCCUCUGAGAAACCACAAAACUGGGAUUGUUGGAUUUAAAUGUACCUCCAACCAGAUACUUUGACUUACAGACAGAUAGUGUGGCUUGUGAUGCGGUUAUCCUCUAGAUUGUGCCGUCGACAUGAAAACCACAUAUGUAAUCGGGUAUGAUUUUCAGUAAUUUGGCCUGUUGGGGGAAAUGUGAUGCCAGAAAAAACAGAUUGUACACAAUUAAGAGAGAUUUUACAAGUGUGAUAAACAAAAUGUUAUAAUUACACUAAUAUUAUCACUUCACCUUUUUGAUUCUUUGGUUGUUAUUUAAAAUAUAAAUUGGGAUUUAUUUAAUUUACACUUUAGUUACAAUUCUCAUGCAACAUAAAGCACAGGAAAUUAUGUCCCAGGAAGAAACUGUGUGUGUGUGUGUGUGUGUGUGUGUGUGUGUGUGUAUAUAUAU